GUGGUGCGCGCGGCGACAGCGGCGGCGCGUGGCAGGUCCGGCGGGCGCGAGGCGGUGGCGGUGGCGGCGGCAGCGGCCUGAGCCCGGCCCAGCCUCGUCCCGCCCGGCUGCCCCGACCCGAACCCUGCCCGCCCGCUCGCCCGGCUCGCCCGGCGCGCCGCGGCCCCGCCCCGGUCCGGCGCCUCCCGAGGGAGCGGCGCCGCCGGCCGAGCGCAGGCCUGGCCAUGACCGACUUCAAAUUGGGCAUCGUGCGGCUCGGCCGGGUGGCUGGGAAGACCAAGUACACCCUGAUAGAUGAGCAGGACAUCCCGCUGGUGGAGGGCUACUCCUUUGAGGCCCGGAUGGAAGUAGACGCAGACGGAAAUGGUGCUAAGAUAUUUGCAUAUGCCUUUGACAAAAAUCGAGGAAGGGGGUCAGGAAGGCUUCUCCAUGAGCUGCUCUGGGAGCGGCACAGGGGAGGCAUCGCUCCCGGGUUCCAGGUCGUGCAUCUCAACGCUGUGACUGUGGACAAUCGCCUAGACAACCUGCAGCUGGUGCCGUGGGGCUGGCGGCCCAGAGCCGAAGAGACGUCCAGCAAACAGAGGGAGCAGAGCCUGUACUGGCUUGCGAUCCAGCAGCUGCCCACCGACCCCAUCGAGGAGCAGUUCCCAGUCCUGAACGUGACGCGGUUCUACAACGCGAACGGGGACGUGGUGGAGGAGGAGGAGAGCUCCUGCACCUACUACGAGUGCCACUACCCGCCCUGCACGAUGAUCGAGAAGCAGCUCCGGGAGUUCAACAUCUGCGGGCGAUGCCAGGUGGCCCGGUACUGCGGCUCCCAGUGCCAGCAGAAGGACUGGCCGGCCCACAAGAAGCACUGUCGGGAGAAGAGGCGCCCCUUCCAGCAGGAGCUCGAGCCGGAGCGAUGACUGGGUGUGGGCGGCCGCACAGCCCUGCGAGGCGUCGGCCUUCCGCGGGCACCUCGGACAUGGUGGUGGCUGAGCCUGGCGGUGCUGAAGAAGCCGGCGCUGCGCCCACUGCGGCGCGGCGGAGGCCCCUCGUCGCGGCGCCGGCGCCUCGUGCUGUGGCACAGCGCGGCCCUGGGGGCGUUCUCCGGGGUAGAGACGGACGAGCCGGGGGGGCUCCCGCCAGGAUGCUUCUCAUUAUUUAUAUGUUAAUAUGUUUGUAAACUCAUGUACAGUUUUUUGGGGGGAGGGACUGGAGGGUUAGAGAGUACGAAUAGAACCGUUUGUUGUAAACUUCAGACGGCAGGCGGUCUGCCGCGUGUCUCACUGUCGGGGAGCAGGCGCCGCUCCCCGCGGGCGUGCCGCUGGGGCCUGGCAUCCAGGGGCAGUCCAGGCGGGCACCCGGCGUCCCCGGCUCUGUGCUCUUCCUUCCCGCUGAGCACCUCUCCCGUGGGUCCUGGGGGUGGUGGGGGUGGGGCCUGCCCUGCUCCUGGACUCCUCCAGGGAAUGGCUGGCAGCAGGAGGGAGGCCAGGCCCAUUCUUGUCCUGUGGCCGAGCAGGCCAGCCCCUCCGGAGCAGCAUGGGGUGACCGCAGCCUGGUUCUGGAAGGUCGUUGCCUGCACUCCAUUCAGUGGCUGGGAGCUCUGUGGGGGCCUGAGGCCCUGCCUGUGCACUGAAGAGGCCAGGGUGCCUGAGCUCUGCCCCCUCCCAACCCCCACGGGGCUGGGUCUUCCUCUCCCUUCCUGGAGCCAGAUGUCCAAGUGCGGGGCAGCCUCUGGGCUGGCAUCUGGUCAGUCUCCAGGUCCGGCCAGUUCACUGGGGGCCUUGCUUCUUGGCCAUCUCUGCUCGGACGGACCCGGCUGUCCCUGGCCCUGUAGGCACUUCUGUCCUUCCCCUGGUGCAGCUCCUCUGCCCCCCCUCCACAAUGCCCGUGCGUGUUCACUGCCUUCCUGCUGGGACCGCCCUGUGGCAGCCUCUGCCCUGUGAGCGGAGCUUCCAGUGGCUGCUUCUGCAUGCCUGGUGUCCUGGGCGGUGCAGUCCUGGGUGAUGGCAACAGGCAGGGGGCUCAGUCCUAACCCCAGAGGAGGAGGGGCUUUCUGAAGGGGUGAGGGCUUCAUGUGCUCCCCACCCA